AGGUUCUUUAACAGCAGAAAAAUAGCUCAGUAUAUCGAAGAAAAUAAAAAAGAAAACAAAUUAAACAUGUGGGAGUUAGAGAAAAGAUAAAAUAGGUGUAAUUCCAUUUCCAUCUCAUGGUCAUCUUUGAUUGAGAUCUGUUUUGACUUCCAUCAACUCCACUUUCCCAACACACACACACACAAAAAUUCACAUAUACAUACAUACAUACAUACAAAACAAAUAACAAAAGUACUAAUAACCCUUCUUUCCAAAUUAUUGAUUCUUGAAUUUUCUGACAAAAGAGAUAUGGAUGGUUCAGGGCAGCAACGAGAUACGAUGAUGUCUGAUGCAACACCACCACCUGCGCCGCCGCAUGCGGUGGGGGGAAUAGAGAAUAUUCCGGCGACGUUGAGUCACGGUGGGAGGUUUAUUCAAUAUAAUAUAUUUGGUAACGUAUUUGAAGUAACUGCUAAGUAUAAACCUCCUAUUAUGCCUAUUGGUAAAGGUGCUUAUGGUAUUGUUUGUUCUGCUUUGAACUCGGAGACAAAUGAGCAUGUAGCAAUAAAGAAAAUUGCUAAUGCUUUUGAUAACAAGAUUGAUGCCAAGAGGACUUUGAGAGAGAUCAAGCUUCUUCGGCAUAUGGAUCAUGAAAACAUUGUUGCGAUUAGAGAUAUAAUUCCACCACCACAGAGAGAAGCCUUUAAUGAUGUUUAUAAUGCGUAUGAGCUUAUGGAUACUGAUCUCCAUCAAAUUAUUCGCUCGAAUCAGGGUUUAUCUGAGGAGCACUGCCAGCAUUUCUUGUAUCAGAUCCUCCGUGGGUUGAAAUACAUACAUUCUGCAAAUGUUUUGCACAGAGACUUAAAGCCUAGCAAUCUUCUCUUGAAUGCCAACUGUGAUUUAAAGAUAUGUGAUUUUGGGCUAGCUCGUGUCACUUCUGAAACUGACUUUAUGACCGAAUAUGUUGUGACAAGAUGGUAUCGUCCACCUGAGCUGUUGUUAAAUUCAUCUGACUAUACCGCAGCAAUUGAUGUAUGGUCAGUGGGUUGCAUCUUCAUGGAACUGAUGGACAGAAAACCCCUAUUCCCUGGCAGAGAUCAUGUACACCAGCUGCGUCUUAUUAUGGAGUUGAUUGGUACUCCUUCAGAGGCUGAAAUGGAGUUUUUAAAUGAGAAUGCAAAACGAUACAUCCGACAACUUCCUCUUUACCGUCGACAAUCAUUUACUGAAAAGUUCCCACAUGUAAACCCAGCUGCUAUUGAUCUUGUCGAGAAAAUGUUGACAUUUGAUCCGAGAACGAGAAUAACAGUUGAAGACGCACUUGCACAUCCUUACCUAACAUCGCUCCAUGAUAUCAGUGACGAGCCCAUUUGUGUGACUCCUUUUAGCUUCGACUUUGAACAGCAUGCCCUUACGGAGGAACAGAUGAAGGAGCUGAUUUACAGGGAGUCCAUUGCGUUUAAUCCUGAAUACCAGCACAUGUGAAUAAUCGCUGGUAGAUUGUUGUCGGUCUCAUCUCCGUGUUACAUGUUCGUGUAUAUAUGUGUGCAUUUUGUCCGGGAACAUGGAUGAGUUUCUUAUGCAAACACUUAGUUAUGAAGCUGAUUUAUGUAUGAAGAAUUGUUUGAUAAGGUGGAUCGAUUGUAUCGUUUCUGUUUUUUUUUUUUUUUUUUUUUUUUUACUGAAAAUGAAAUUCUGGUGGACGAUGUCUGUAUCAAAUUCAGGUAGGGUUAAGGUCUGCGUUCAUUCUACCCUCCCUGCACCCCAUUUUGUGGGAUUUCACUAGGUAUGUUGUUGAUGUCUGUAUCAGAUGCAAUUCUGUUGUCAUUGACAUUCUUACUUGUUUGCCAACACGCCCAUCAAUUUCAUGCUUUGCUUUUAUUCUA